GUUUACCCUAAAAAUAAAUGCAAAGGUUGGAACUUUGGAAGCUGGAGUGAUCUCCAAGCCAUCUCUCUUCAGUCUUUUAAGCUCCGCUUUUGCUAAAAUCAAAUCAGUUUCUCCCCUAAAUUUACUGAAAUUUUAUAGCAAGACUCCUUAUUUCUCCGAUGUCGAUCUUCGAAUACAACGGGAGUGCCCUAAUAGCCAUGGUAGGCAAGAACUGCUUCGCCAUUGCCAGCGAUCGGAGACUUGGAGUUCAACUCCAAACUAUCGCCACCGAUUUCCAGAGGAUUUAUAAAGUCCACGAUCGCCUCUUCCUCGGUCUCUCCGGCCUCGCCACCGAUGCUCAAACCUUGUAUCAAAGGCUUGUCUUUCGGCACAAACUGUAUCAGCUAAGAGAAGAAAGAGACAUGAAACCUGAGACUUUUGCUAACCUUGUUUCUGCGAUUCUUUACGAGAAAAGGUUUGGUCCAUACUUCUGCCAACCUGUAAUUGCUGGAUUAGGAGAUGAAGACAAGCCCUUCAUUUGCACCAUGGAUUCCAUCGGAGCCAAGGAGCUUGCGAAAGAUUUUGUUGUAGCUGGCACUGCCUCGGAGUCUCUCUAUGGUGCCUGUGAAUCAAUGUUCAAGGAGGGCAUGGAACCUGAGGAAUUGUUUGAGACGGUUUCCCAAGCUCUCCUUUCAUCAGUAGAUCGCGACUGUCUGAGUGGUUGGGGAGGACAUGUCUAUGUUGUGACGCCUACGGAAGUAAAGGAAAGGAUCUUGAAGGGAAGGAUGGAUUGAAUGCCGGCAACUGGUUCAUUCCUAAACUCCUUUUAGACUAUUUCAGUCAAUUUGUGUCUCUAGAGUGUUGCUGGAUUUGAUGUACUCUUUAUAAAUUUGAUAGACCAAGUUCGACAUUAUUGAGAGCAAUGAUGGAUUUGUGGUGCAUUUCGCGAGUUAAA